UUACAGGGUAGGUUUGCUAAAAAAACUUCGACGCAAUAAAGACGAAACCAAUAAAAUAGAGUUUUCUGGGUUAUUUAAAUAAAUAUUUAUUGUAGAUCUGUGGUCAGUUUAUUAAUGAUUAUUGCAUAUAAAAACUCGGUUGGUGGUCACUGUUAGUCAGCUAAGUUAGAGGAGAGGGAAAGAAAAUACGCUCCAUAGAUCUCUCUGCCAAAGCCUCUCUUCUUUCCCAUUUGCAGAAAUGGCUUCAGAUUCUAAAGUUUUCAACUUUUCUGAGGUGGCCAAACACAACCACAAGAAGGAUUGUUGGAUCAUAAUCUCUGGAAAGGUCUAUGAUGUCACCUCAUUUUUGGAAGAACAUCCUGGGGGUGAUGAAGUGUUGCUAUUGGCAGCCGAGAAAGAUGCAACUGAGGAUUUUGAAGAUGUGGGCCAUAGUGACUCAGCAAAAGAGAUGAUGGGAAAAUACUACGUAGGGAAGGUUGAUCUGUCCACUAUACCGGAGAAACCUAACUACAAGCCACCCUCACAACCGGCGGCUCUCCAGCACAACCAAUCUUCUGGUAGUGGUAGUGCAGUGAAGAUCUUGCAAUUUCUGGUGCCUUUGUUGAUCUUGGGACUGGCAUAUGCUCUGCAAUACUUGCGGAAAAAAGACUAGGUUUCGUAAUUCGCCUAUUGGGUAUUCAACAUUGAGCAAUGAGCUAAUAGAGCUAGGGUGCUGAAUAAUAAAAGGGAUUUUGAGUUGAAAAUUCUGUAAUUUUUGAACACUUUGUACUAUCCUUUGUUCAUGUAUACGGCUCAAGACAAAUACUUUCCUUAUAUAUGGUAAUGCUUGCAUUUUCCCUUUU